GAUUGUUUUUCUUCUUUUUUUUCAUUCUGAAUCUGAUCCGAGCAACUGCGAAAUAAUUCUAGGUGAAGAUGUCGGCAUUUACUCCCAAAAAUAUCCUGAUUACUGGGGCUGCCGGAUUCAUUGCAUCGCACGUUGCGAAUAGGCUAGUUCGAAACUAUCCUGAAUACAAGAUUGUUGUGCUUGACAAGCUUGAUUACUGCUCCAAUCUGAAGAAUCUAUACCCUUCCAACUCCUCUCCCAACUUCAAGUUUGUUAAGGGAGACAUCGGUAGUGCUGACCUCGUGAACUACCUUCUCAUCACUGAGAACAUCGACACGAUUAUGCACUUUGCUGCUCAGACUCAUGUUGACAAUUCAUUCGGCAACAGCUUUGAGUUCACCAAGAACAACAUCUAUGGCACUCAUGUCCUUCUGGAGGCCUGCAAGGUUACUGGGAGUCAGAUCAGGAGGUUUAUCCAUGUCAGCACUGACGAGGUGUAUGGGGAGACGGAUGAGGAUGCUGUUGUUGGCAACCAUGAGGCGUCGCAGCUGCUUCCCACGAACCCUUACUCAGCAACCAAGGCAGGGGCGGAGAUGCUUGUCAUGGCGUAUGGUAGGUCUUAUGGAUUGCCUGUGAUCACAACUCGUGGGAACAAUGUUUAUGGCCCGAAUCAGUUCCCUGAGAAGUUGAUUCCCAAGUUUAUCCUCUUGGCCUUGAGGGGGCAGCCUCUGCCUAUCCAUGGCGAUGGCUCUAAUGUGCGGAGUUAUCUCUACUGUGAGGAUGUUGCGGAGGCGUUUGAAGUGGUUCUCCACAAGGGAGAAGUUGGCCAUGUGUACAACAUUGGGACGAAGAGGGAGAGAAGAGUCAUCGAUGUUGCUCAAGAUAUAUGCAAGCUGUUUAACAAGGAUGCCAAGUGCAUUCAGUUUGUGGAGAACAGGCCAUUCAAUGAUCAGAGGUAUUUCCUUGACGACGAGAAGCUGAAGAAUUUGGGGUGGGCUGAGAGGACUGCUUGGGAAGAUGGGUUGAGGAAGACGAUGGAGUGGUACAUCAGCAACCCGGACUGGUGGGGUGAUGUCUCUGGUGCUCUGAUACCUCAUCCUAGAAUGUUGAUGAUGCCCGGUGGCACGGAUAGGGCAUCUGAUAACGCUAGCCAGGCCAAGACGUUGGUCCCGGCUGACAAAAACAGCUCCUCCCUUCAGAAACCAGCCUUCAAGUUCUUGAUCUAUGGCAGGACAGGGUGGAUUGGUGGCUUGCUCGGUGAGCUCUGUGAGAAACAAGGGAUCCCUUACGAAUAUGGAAAGGGGCGUUUGCAGGAUCGUGCAUCACUUUUGGCGGAUAUUGCCACUGUUAAGCCUACUCAUGUCUUCAAUGCUGCUGGUCUCACGGGUAGACCCAACGUUGACUGGUGCGAGUCUCACAAGGUGGAGACAAUCCGUACCAACGUCGUUGGCACAUUGACUCUUGCAGAUGUCUGCAGAGAGCAAGGUCUUCUAGUGGUGAACUAUGCGACUGGCUGUAUAUUCGAGUACGAUGCUGCACACCCCGAGGGAUCUGGGAUCGGUUUCAAGGAGGAUGACACCCCCAAUUUUGCCGGCUCGUACUAUUCCAAGACCAAGGCCAUGGUGGAGGAUCUCUUGAAAGAGUUUGACAACGUGUGCACGCUAAGAGUCAGGAUGCCAAUAUCCUCUGACCUUGAGAACCCGCGCAACUUCAUCAUAAAGAUCUCCCGGUACAACAAGGUGGUGAACAUCCCCAACAGCAUGACAGUCUUGGACGAGCUUCUCCCAAUCUCGAUCGAGAUGGCCAAGCGAAACCUCAGGGGAGUGUGGAACUUCACUAACCCUGGCGUCGUCAGCCACAACGAGUGCCUGGAGCUGUACAAGAAGUACAUCAACCCGGAGUUCAAGUGGAGCAACUUCACGCUCGAGGAGCAAGCCAAGGUGAUCGUUGCUGCCAGGAGCAACAAUGAGAUGGACGCUUCCAAGUUGAAGGAGGAGUUCCCGGAGCUGCGAUCCAUCAAGGAGUCGUUGAUCAAGUACGUUUUCGAGCCCAACAAGAAGACCUCUGCUGCUUGAAGGGUGUCCAGAUUUGCAUACAUCACAUUACAAUGCAAUACAUAUUGUAUUAGUUAUUAUUACUGCAUCUUCUUGUUGUUUCUCUCUUUAUUGUAUGUUAAUUUAGAGUUUGAUCAACGCCUUUGGCUUAGUUGGUCAAGCUUGUUUGUGGGUGUAACAUUCUUCAAACAUCGUACUAAAUAAAUAUACUACAUACAAUUGUCA